AUAGAAACUUAUCAAAGACAUUUUUGGUCUGGAGACACCAUGAAUGGAUACUGAGACAGUUAUGGAACUAGAAGAAUAGAGUUGUUCUCAUUCUAUGGCCUGCUAUCUUCAACUUUGCAAAAGUUUUGACCAAAUAAAGCAAUAAUGGACAGAUUAGUUCUUUAUGUUUUAGCAAUGUUAUUUUUAACCCAUGGACCCUGCAUCGUGCAAGGUCAGUGCACCAGUGGUCAGUUCCAGUGUAGUAAUGGUCAGUGCAUAAAUCAAGACUGGAGGUGUGAUGGAACAAAGGACUGCACAGAUGACUCUGAUGAGCAGAACUGUCCUUUACCCACCUGUAACUCUCAGCAGUUCAAGUGCUUGACAGGAGGGGAGUGUAUUCCUUUAGCGUUUGUAUGUGAUGGAGAACCAGACUGCACUGAUGGCUCUGAUGAGCAAAGAGCCUGUGGUGGGCAGACAUGUAGCCCAGACCAGUUCACCUGUCGAGAAGGGCAGUGCAUUCCCAAACAAUACAGAUGUGACCAUGUAUCAGACUGUGUGGAUAACUCUGAUGAGAACAACUGCAAUUACCCAGCCUGCACAGAGAAGACAUGUGCUAAUGGCGCUUGCUACAACAACACUCAGCACUGCAACGGGAUGCUAGACUGUCGAGAUGGAUCAGAUGAAUCCAACUGCACAAGCCAUUGUCAGUCGCAUCAGUUUGAAUGUACCAGUGGAUACUGCAUCCCAAUGCCCUUUGUCUGUGAUCACUGGGAUGACUGUGGAGACAACAGUGAUGAGCAAAACUGUGAGUAUCGAACCUGUAGUGGGUCAGAGUUCACCUGCAGUAAUGGACGCUGUAUGCCUCAGCAGUGGGUGUGUGAUGGCAUCAAUGACUGUGGGGAUUUUAGUGAUGAGAAUGGAUGUGACCCAGGUAUCCGAGACUGUUACCCUGGCGAAUGGCCCUGUCCAGGCUCUUCAAUGUGUGUUCCCAUAAACAAAGUGUGUGAUGAACAUCCUGACUGCCCUGGUGGAACAGAUGAGGGCAAUAGUACAGCACAUCUGACCUGUGAUUUGCACCAGUGUUCUGCUCUGAGCUGUGAGUACCGCUGUCAUCCCAGCCCGCAGGGUGGAGCGUGCUACUGCCCCGAUGGCUUCACUGUGGCCAAUGACAGUCGCACUUGUGUGGACUACGAUGACUGUAAAAUUUGGGGUAUCUGUGAUCAUUUCUGUGAGGAUCGCCCAGGCACACAUCAUUGCAGCUGUGCAGAUGGAUACUUUCUGGAGCUGGGUCAUGUCUGCAAGGCCAAUAUUUCAGGGGGUUUACCACAGCUGAUCUUCACAGAUGGCCGUGAUAUCAAGAUGGCAGAUAUUCAUGGGCGGUUUGUUAGGCUUCUGGUUCAAUCAGAUGGUAAAGGUUAUGCUGUGGGUGUCGGUUACAACUGGCGCACUCAAAGGAUCUUCUGGACAGACACAAAUUCCCAAAAGGUUUACUCCAUAAAUUUUGAUGGUAGUGAAAAGAAGGAGGUGCUGUCUGAAGCAGUGCACAAUGCCCAGAAUCUGGCUGUGGACUGGAUCAACUUUAAGUUGUACCUUGUUGAGGAACGUGUGGAGAGAAUUGAAGCAUGUGAUUAUGAUGGAGGAAACCGUGUCACGCUGAUCGCUGAAAACUUGGUGACCCCUCAUGGGCUUGCACUGGACCCAACAGUGGGAUACAUGUUCUUCACAGACUCUGGCUAUAACAAAGAUGAUGUUAAACUGGAACGGGCAUUCAUGGAUGGCAGUAACCGGUUUGAGCUGGUUAAGACCAGACUGGGUUCCCCUACUGGAAUCACCUUGGAUUUGGUCACCAAGAGGGUUUACUGGACAGAUAGCCAUUUUAACCUGGUUGAGACUGUUACAUAUAGUGGCUUGGACAGGAAAACAGUGUUGAAUGGCGGUCAUCAGGUCCCCCACCCAUUCGGGAUUUCAGUAUUCGAGAACCAUGCCUUUUUCACAGACUGGGUCAAGAUGGGUGUGAUUCGGACCAACCGCUUCAAUGGCAGUGACCCAACUUUUCUGUACCGCUCUACUAGCAGACCUGGACAAAUUGUGGUUUCCCAUCCAGCUCUUCAGCCCUUUGUGAUAAACCCAUGUGGCAGACACAAUGGUGGGUGUCAGCAAAUCUGCCUUCUGAGUCACCGUACUGACAACGAAGGGCUGGGUUACCGCUGCAAGUGUCGCCUAGGAUACGACCUUCAGGAUGAUCACCAGACAUGCUUUAAGAUUAAAGAUUAUUUACUGGUGGCAAGUGCACAAGCAGUCAGGGGGAUUCCUCUUAAUGUUUCGUCCCAGGAAGAUGUCACCCUGCCACUCGCUGGCAUGGCCCAAUCCUUCUCUGGUUCUGGAGUGGAGUAUGAUGCGUCAGUGGAGACUGUGUUUUACAAUGACCGAAUGCGACAACUCAUUUACAAAUCAUCCAUCAAUGGAACCAAUAAUGAGAUCCUGACAGGUUACAGAGUGGGCUCUGUGGAGUCAAUGGCAUAUGAUUGGACCUCUCACAUCCUCUUCUGGACAUCCAGCACUUAUCGUACCGUUUCAGCUUUUAAAGUAACAGAUGGAUCAAGACGGGACAUUGUUCAGAGCUUAAAAUACCCCCGGGGUAUUGCUGUGCACCCCAGUGCAGGAUACCUCUUCUGGUCAGAUUGGUACCGUCCAGCUGUGAUCACCAGAGCAUACACAGAUGGAAGCAAUGCUGUUCCACUAAUCAACUCAACACUCGGCUGGCCUAAUGGACUUGCCUUGGACUACCUGAUGGAUAGGCUAUAUUGGGUUGAUGCGCAGCUAGACCGGAUUGAACAUGUGAGCAUUGAUGGGCUAGAUAGACAGGCCUUCUCCAGUAUUGGACAAAUCACUCAUCCUUUCUCACUUACAGUACACACAGAUCAUCUGUUUGUGUCAGACUGGAGGACAAAUUCUGUUUUCCGAAUGAGGAAGAGGGAUGGUGGGGAAAAUAUAAUCCUACGAAAGGGCAUCUCAGGCAUAAUGAACGUUAAGGCCUACUCAGCUGAUCUCCAGAACUUGUUCAAAAGCAGAUGCAAUCUGAUUUCAAAUGGCCGCUGCAGCCACUUCUGUUUCCCUACGCCUGCAUCCAACCGUGUGUGCGGAUGUCCCUAUGGAAUGAAACUGCAGGAGAACCAGAGGGACUGUGUAAAAGAUGAUACUGAGCCCCCACCAGAUGAUAACUGUGGAGACUAUGCCUUUCCCUGCGACGGGGGCCGCUGUGUGCCCAAUUCUUUCCGCUGUGAUGGUGUGAAUGACUGCGCCGACAAGACAGAUGAAGCCAACUGCACAGAUCCAGGAACAACCUGCUCUCCAUAUGCCUUCACCUGCGGGAACAAGCACUGCAUCCCUGCUAGUUGGCGCUGUGAUGGGCAUGAUGACUGUGGUGAUGGAACCGAUGAGGAUAACUGCCCCACACAUGUUCCAACCACCUGCUUGUCCAGCCAAUUCGCUUGCGCUAACGGAAACUGCAUCCCAAAAGCAUGGAUGUGCGAUGCCUUCAAUGACUGUGGCGAUGGUUCUGAUGAGAGACAGUGCAAUUCCACUAUCACCACCUGCCAGCCUGGCUUCUUCCUGUGUCCAGAUCACCGUUGUAUAUAUAACUCAUAUGUCUGUGAUGGAGACCAGGACUGUUUAGAUGGAUCUGACGAGAAGGACUGCGAGUACUCCUGUGCAACAUAUGAGUUCGCAUGUGCCAGUGGAGAUCAGUGUGUGAGUCUGAGUUACCGCUGUGAUGGGGUUUAUGACUGCAGAGACCACUCAGAUGAGAGCGGCUGUCCCACACGUGGGCCAGGUCUGUGCCAUGACAAUGAGUUCCAGUGCCAGGUUGAUGGAUUCUGCAUUCCGAAAGUGUGGGAAUGUGAUGGCCAUCCAGACUGUGAGGACGGCUCUGACGAGCAUAAUGGCUGCCCGCCCCGAACCUGCAGUUCUUACCAGUUCCAGUGUGCUAAUGGAAACUGUGUGCCUCAGAGCUGGGUUUGUGAUGGGGAUAAUGAUUGCAGGGAUAUGAGUGAUGAAACCAACUGUCCCACUCCACCAUUCAGCUGCCCAUCAGGUCAGUGGUUGUGUCCUACAGACCAGGUGUGCAUCACAGAGGCUCAGGUGUGUGAUGGCCAGAGAGACUGCCCCAAUGGAGCUGACGAGUCUCCCCUCUGCAGUGAAGAUGACUGUCAGGUAAAUAACGGAGGCUGCAGUCAUGGUUGUAUUCAGGGACCAUUUGGAGCUCAGUGUACCUGUGAACCAGGAUUCCAGCUGCUGAAUGACUCAAAGACCUGCGACGACAUAAACGAGUGUCUGAUCCCUGGAUUCUGCAGUCAAACCUGCUACAAUGAGCGUGGCUCCUUCCGAUGCUACUGCCAAGAUGGUUACCAGCUGGAGCCUGAUGGACGUACAUGCAGAGUCACCUCUCCAGGUGAUGCUUUACUUCUGGUGGCCAGACGCAGCCAGAUCAGCGCUAACCGCAUCUACUUCAGGCCACCCCUUAUUGUUCCUGUUGUCAGUGGCACAAGCAUUGUCGCUGUAGAUUUUGAUAAUGUCAAUAAACGAGUCUACUGGGGUGAUUCAUCUGAGAAAAUGAUCUAUAGUUCUUUCCAGAAUGGCACAGACAAAAAACAGGUGUUCUCUUCAGGCCUGAUGGUACCUGAAAGCAUAGCAGUGGAUUGGGUGGGUAGAAACAUUUACUGGACCGACUACAUCAUGGAAAACAUUGAAGUAUCUACUCUGGACGGCCGUUUCCGGAAGGUUUUGAUUACCAAGAAUGUUACCAGCCCUCGCGGACUGGCUCUAGACCCCCGCAACUACACCAAUGUAAUGUUCUGGUCAGACUGGGGUCAGAACCCUAGAAUAGAACAGGCUAGUAUGGACGGAUCUGCAAGAAGAGCAAUUGUGACUAACAAGGUAUACUGGCCCAAUGGACUUACACUGGAUUACACAACUAGAAGACUAUACUUUGUUGACGCCUACCUGAAAUAUAUUGACUACUGUGACUACGAUGGCAAAAACAGGCAUCAGGUCUUUGCAAGUGACAUGGUUCUUCAGCAACCCCAUGGCAUAACCAUCUUCGAAGACAACAUAUACUGGAGUGACCGCUACACAAGCCAAGUCAUGAGGACUAACAAAUUUCAUGGAGGAAACAUCACCACCCUUCUGACCAGUGUGUACCAGUGCAUGGGUAUCGCCAUGGAUCACCCCGUCAAGCAGCCAUUAGGGCUUAACCCCUGUGAGAACCAUCCAUGCAGUCAGCUGUGUCUGCUAUCAACCUUAAGACCACGAUACUACAGGUGUGACUGCCAGUCUGGCUGGACCCUUGCCAGCGAUGGUCGUACUUGUACUAAAGAUGACACACCAUUCUUGAUGGUCGUCAGAGAUACAGUAAUUAUGGGAAUUCCUCUAAACCCCAAUGACACAUCCAACAAUGCCAUGGCACCAAUUUCAGGCAUCACACAAGGCCGAGAUAUUGAUUUUGAUGAUCAAGAGCAGUUUGUCUACUGGGUGCAAGGCACUGGCUCAAUUUAUAGAAGUAAGACAGAUGGGGCAAAUCGAACUCAGUUUGCUCCUGCUGCUAUCAUUGGUUCCCCCUCCGGUCUUGCUUUUGAUUGGAUAACACGAAUCAUGUACUACACUAAUCCCACUGUUAAGGCCAUUGAGGUCAUUAGGGUUGAUGGAUCUCAACAUUACAGGAAGACAAUCAUCACAAAUACAGGGAAACCAGACGGAGCUGGAGAGCCAAUAGGAAUAGCUCUUGAUCCAGCCAGAGGGACACUGUUCUGGACAGACAGAGGUUCAGAUAGUGGAGUUCCACCAAAGGUGGCAAGUGCAGACAUGGAUGGUGGAAACCUCAGAAACCUCUACACUGACAACCUGGGCAAUGUUGAGUUCAUCGCUGCAGACAUAGAGGCCAGGAAAAUCUACUGGGGUGUCCCUCAGUCUGGGAUGAUUGAAUGUGGAACGAUGGAUGGUGUGAGCAGGGUGACCAUUGUGAGCGGCUUGUCUCACCCCUGUGGCAUCACUGUGUACCAAAACUACCUUUACUACACUGAUCUUGACUAUGAGGUUAUUGAAAGAGUGGACAAGAACACAGGCGCAGACAUGGUGGUGAUGAGGAGUGGCAUGGCAGGGGUGCAGGCACUGAAAGUGCAUGCCAGAGACAACUCUGCUGGCACUACCAAUGCUUGCAGUACGGACAAUGGAGGCUGUCCCCACCUGUGUCUGCCAAAACCUGAUGGACAAAAGACAUGCGCCUGCACCACAGGUUUUAUCCCAUCUCAGGAUGGGUCUCACUGUGAACAGUAUGACUCUUAUGCUAUAGUGUCCUCUUCCAAAUUUAUUAGAGGAUUCCACAUCAACAGCUCUGACCACUCUGAGGCCAUGGUUCCUGUGGGAGCAAAUACUUACUCAGUUCUCAGCAAGCUGGACAUGCACAUUGCCUCUGGAUUCCUGUACUGGACUGAUAACAGCACCUACUCAUCCUACAGAGGCAUUUACAGGACAAAGACAGAUGGCUCACGCUAUUCUACUGUCAUCAGUCAGUUAGGCACUGGAAGGAUUCAGGGCUUGGCAGUAGAUUGGAUCGCAGGAAACUUGUACUUCACUAACGCAUAUACCUCUCAAACAUACCUUGAGGUGUUACGUCUGAACACAAGCAUUCAGCUUAUCCUGCUGAAGAGUUCAGUGGAUCGUCCCCUAGAUCUUGCCGUCAGCCCUAAAUUACGUCUCCUCUUCUGGACUGAUGCUGGCCAAUCACCCAAGAUUGAGAGUGCUCUUUUGGACGGUACCAAUCAGACAGUUCUUGCCUCUGAGAGCCUGUCAUCCCCCCGAGGGUUAACAGUCGAUUACACCAAUGACCUCUUGUACUGGGUUGAUGACACACUGGAUAUGAUUUCCCGCAUGGCGUCCGAUGGUUCUCAGCGGCAGAUUGUACGCUACGGUAGUCGCUACCCCGCGCCAUACAGUGUCGCUAUCUUUGGCGAGUACAUGCUGUGGGUGGAUCGUAAACUGGGCAAACUGUUCCAGGCCAGCAAGAGUCCUGGGAAUACAGACACACCAGAGGUGAUCCGAGAUGGUAUAGAGGAACUGACGGACAUUGGAGUGUUUGACUCCCAUGUUCAGCCCACUUCUGCCAACCUGGUGGGUUUUAACCCAUGCCAAGAGGACAACGGGCGCUGUCAACAGUUUUGUUUUGCAAGGCCUGAGCAGCAACAGCCCAAAUGUGCCUGUGCCCAUGGUUCUCUGCUCAGCAAUGGUGUCUCAUGUGGCUUUGGCCUGGAUGAGUACCUGAUCUUCACCACGGAUUACACCGUAAACAGCAUGAGGCUGGACCCAGAAGACCACAGCACCCCCUUUCCCACCUUUACACUGGGCUAUGGUGUUUUAGCCACAGAGUUUGACUUCCAGGACAAGAGAGUGUUUUUUACCCAAUAUGUGGGUUUAGGCAGGAGUAAAAUAGGAUACAUUCUAACCACCAGCAGCACUAGCCCACCGAUCACCAUAGCCAGUGAUCUGGAUGAUCCUGAAGGUCUGGCCUAUGACUGGACACACAAGCGUCUUUAUUUCACAGAUUAUUACAAUAGGAGUGUGCAGUCUAUGGGAAUAGAUGGCCAAAAUCGUUCCUUCAUUGCACAUGGUGACCGACCCAGAGCCAUUGUGGUGGAUCCCUGCUAUGGGUAAGAAAUGUUCACACUUAAAAUUCUCAACUAAUCCCUGGUGGGGAUUGGUGGAAACUUCCGGAUCCCAAUUGUAAACACAAGCCUCUCUCAGCCUAACGCUCUGUCUUUGGAUUAUGAGGAACGGCUGCUGUAUUGGGCUGAUGCAACACUGGAUAAGAUUGAGCGUGCCUCUUUGACUGGAGAGAACAGGGAGAUCAUUCUUAGUCAGACACAGUACCCAUUUUCUGUGACAGUGUUCCAGCAGGAUAUCUACUGGACUGACUGGAACACACGGAUCGUGUACCGUGCCAACAAGGACGACGGCUCUGGUCUGACUAUAAUGGCCACCGAUCUCCAGUACAGACCCAAUGACAUCCACGUCUUCUCUGCCAGCAGGCAGGAGAGCUGCUCGAGUCCCUGCCAGCUGUUCAAUGGAGGCUGCAGCCAUGUUUGUGUCCCAGGUCCAACUGGUCCAGAGUGUCAGUGUCCCAGCAGUGGUAACUGGUAUCUGGCCAACAAUGGGAAAGACUGCAUCCCUGACGAUGGGCAGCGGUGCCAUGCAGAUCAAUUCACCUGUCUGGAUGGAAGCUGUUUGUCUCAGCACUGGAAAUGUGAUGGCUACAGGGACUGCAUGGAUGGCUCAGAUGAGCUCGAGAGAGUGUGUGCUUUCCACACCUGCUCACCCACGGAAUUCACCUGUGAUAACGGAGGCUGUGUGCCUCUGUACUAUGUGUGCGACUACACAAACGACUGUGGAGAUAACAGCGAUGAGCAUGGCUGUCCCUUCCCAACCUGUAACCCUACCACAGAGUUCACCUGUGUUAACGGACGCUGCAUCAGUGCAGCUUUUGUGUGUGAUGGAAUCAAUGACUGCCGAGAUAACGGCACCACGGAUGAAGUUAACUGUCCGGACAGAACCUGUGCACCCGGCUUAGUAAAAUGUGACACCACCAACAUCUGCAUUUCUUCAAGUAGCCUGUGUGAUGGCUUUAACAACUGUGGGGACAACAGUGAUGAAAAUCCACUCUUCUGUGCUGGCCGGACUUGCUCGGCAAAUGAGUUCCGCUGUGAUAACGGGAAGUGUAUUCCCCAGUCAUGGGUGUGUGAUCGCAUCCCAGAUUGUUUGGAUGGCACAGAUGAGCCACCCACCUGCGAGGAUCAGGUUCGUACUUGUAACCCUCAGCAGUUUAGCUGUGCGAAUGGACACUGCAUUUUGGCAACGUGGGUAUGUGACGGCAGCAAUGACUGUGGAGACAACAGUGACGAGGCCCAGGAACUGCAGUGCGGAUCAAGGACUUGUAACCCCAGCGAUUUCACGUGCCCCACUUGGUACCCAGGCUCUCCACGCUGUAUUCCAUGGAGUUAUGUGUGUGAUGGUGAGAAGGACUGCACAGAUGCCGCAGAUGAGCUGCACAACUGCCCCAACCGUACCUGCCACAUGAAUGAGUUUGCUUGUGCCAAUGGUCGCUGCAUUCUGGUGCCCUUCCACUGUGACCGUGUGAAUGACUGUGGGGACGGCAGUGAUGAGAUUGGCUGCGUGUACCGCACCUGCUCCAGUCAAGAGUUCACCUGCCAGAAUGGAGUGUGUAUUCCAUCAGCAUAUGUAUGUGAUGGUUAUAUAGACUGUCAGGACGGCAGUGAUGAACUCGAGGGCUUGUGUAGGAGUCCAGAACCCACCUGUGCACCUGGAGAAUUCAUGUGCAAUUCUGGGGAGUGCAUUGACAUCCACAAGGUCUGCAACCAUCAGAGGGAUUGCUCUGACAACAGUGAUGAGAAGGGCUGUGGCAUAAAUGAGUGCAGUAACCCAGCCAUUCACCAGUGUGCUCAGAACUGCGUAGACACCCAGACGGGUUACUACUGCUCCUGCAGGGAUGGCUACAAACUCAUGCCAGAUGGCAAGGCCUGUGAGGAUAUAGACGAAUGCAAAGAGGAACCGGGAGUGUGCAGUCAGGUGUGCGAGAAUGCUGUGGGUUCCUUCUAUUGCAAAUGUGCACCGGGAUACCUACGGGAGCCUGAUGGACACACCUGCCGGCAGAAUAGUGGGAUCGCACCAUACCUCCUCUACAGCAACCGUUACUACAUCCGUAACCUGACCGCUGAUGGAUCAUCCUCAUCGGUGGUGCUGCAGGGCCUAUCGAACGUUGUUGCUCUGGACUUUGAUACUACUGAGAAGCGUUUAUACUGGGUGGAUAUUGGUUCACAGCACAUUGAGAGAAUGUAUUUAGACGGGACAGGAAGGGAGGUCAUAUUGAAGAGUGACCUGGAUGGGGCAGAAGGCCUGGCUGUGGACUGGGUGGGCCGAAAGCUAUACUGGGCAGAUGUGACUAUGGAAGCCAUUCAUGUCUCUGAACUUGAUGGACGUUACCGGAAAAAACUCCUGAAAGGUUGUGUUGACACCAACUCUACAUACUGCUUCACCAAUCCGCGGGCUGUUGCUGUUAACCCUAAAUAUGGAUGGCUAUACUGGACAGACUGGGGGCGGACAGCUUUCAUUGGCAGGGCUGGAAUGGAUGGAACCAACACAUCAGCUAUCAUUACUACCAAGCUAGUGUGGCCUCAUGCCCUGACCAUUGACUACACCAACAACAAGAUCUUUUUUGCUGACGCUCACCUCAAUUUCCUUGAUUAUGCUGAUAUGGAUGGACAAAACAGACAUAGGGCUAUAACAGGCUCCAUGCCCCAUGCUUUCGCUCUGACCCUGUUUGAGGAUUUGGUAUACUGGACCGACUGGAACACCCACACCAUAGAGAGAGCCCACAAAUACACUGGUGCUAACCGUGUUGUAAUGGGAAACAACACACACCGCCCUAAUGACAUCCACAUUUACCACCCUUACAGACAGCCACGCAGUGACAAUCCCUGCAAUGACCAUUACCUGACCUGUAGUCACCUGUGUCUGAUUGGUCCGGGUGGCACGACGGCCAGAUGUGCGUGUCCAGAUCACUUCAUUGGUCUGGCAAUUGGCUUUAAGAUACAGUGUGUGGCCGACUGCUCCAGCACUCAGUUCCGCUGUGGAGAUAAUGAGAAGUGCAUUCCCAUAUGGUGGAAGUGUGAUGGUCAGUCAGACUGUGGGGACGGCUCCGAUGAGCCUCAGACAUGUUCUCCACGUUACUGCCCAAUUGGACGCUUCCAGUGCCAAGAUGGGAACUGCACCUACCCGUUUUUCCUGUGUGAUGGCCAUAAUGAUUGUCCAGAUGGAUCUGAUGAAGAUGCUGCACUCUGCAGUGACCAUCGUUGCUCUGAGAAUCAGUUCCAGUGUAAAAAUAAGCGCUGUAUCCCAGUAUCUUGGCACUGCGAUGGAGUGCAGGACUGUGCGGAUGGCAGCGAUGAGGAAGCUGACAGCUGUGCUGAGAAAACCUGCAAACCUGGACAGUUUCAAUGCAAAAAUGGACUUUGCAUACCACCAAGCUAUGUGUGUGACGCACAGAACGACUGCGGAGACCAAUCAGAUGAGCCAUAUGAUGAGUGCAUGGGUCCUGAUCAUAAGUGUGAUGCAGACACUGAGUUCUCCUGUGAUACAAACUAUCGUUGUAUACCUCUGUGGGCUGUGUGUGAUGGCACCAAUGACUGUCUAGACAACAGUGAUGAGCAGAGCUGCCAUGAGCUGACCUGUGACCCUCUGGGAGAUUUCCGCUGCGAUAAUCACCGAUGUGUACCCGUUCGCUGGCACUGUGAUGGGAACAAUGACUGUGGAGAUGGAUCUGAUGAGAGAAACUGUGUACCAAGACCUUGUUCUGAAAGCGAGUAUCGCUGUGACAACCAGCAGUGCAUUCCAGGAUCUUGGGUUUGUGACCAUGACAAUGAUUGUGGGGACAAUUCUGAUGAGCGAGACUGUGAGCUGCGGACCUGUAGUCCUGGAACAUUCCAGUGUACAUCUGGACAUUGCAUCCCAGAAGCUCUUAAAUGUGAUGGUUUUGCCGACUGCCUGGACUACUCUGAUGAGUCCACCUGCCCAACUCGCUAUCCUGGAGGACGCUGGUGUCCAUCAAACCAGUUCCAGUGUAACAACAAGCUGUGUGUGAACCAGCAGUGGGUAUGUGAUGGCUUCAAUGACUGUGGAGACCGCUCAGAUGAGCAACUCAGCCUCUGCUGGAACAUUACAUGUGAAAUGCCAGCCAAAUUCCGCUGUGACAAUGGCUACUGCAUUUAUAGUGGUCUCAUGUGUAACCAAAAAGACGACUGUGGGGAUGGCAGUGACGAAAAGGAGGACAGCUGUCAGGAACCUACUCUCGCCCCCUGUACGCCCAAUGAGUUUAAAUGCACUAAUGGCCACUGUGUGACUCUGCCUUACGUGUGCGACCACAACGACAACUGUGGAGACCUUACAGAUGAGCUGGGCUGCAAUUUUGGCCACGACCGCAACUGUGAUGAGAAAUUAUGUCAGCACGAGUGUACAAACCUGAAUGGCACGGGCUUCAUCUGCUCUUGUAAACCCGGCUAUGCUGUGGAUCCAGAUAACACCUUCCGCUGCAAUGAUAUAGAUGAGUGUUCAGAGUAUGGCACGUGCCCACAGGCCUGCAAGAACACUAAAGGAAGCUAUGACUGUGAUUGUGCCCUGGGCUAUAGGAAGGUGGGCACAGGCAAUCAGUGUGAGGCUGAAGGUCCUGGACCACUGCUCCUGCUGCCAGAGAACAUUCGCAUCCGACGAUACAACCUCCAGAAAGAGGAGUAUCAUGACUUUUUGCAGGAAGAGGAGCGCAUUGUGGCAUUGGACUACGAUUGGGACCACAACAACACUGGACUUAGUAUGGUGUAUUUUACAGUAGAAGGAAAUGGUGCAUUGCCUGGAGCUAUUAAAAGAGCUUAUCUGCCAGCUGUGGAUGAUCAUCAUAAUAACAUUGCUGUUGCUGUCAAGCUGGACAUUAAGUACAUCACCAAGCCUUAUGGGAUUGCAGUGGACUGGGUUGGCAGGAAUUUGUACUGGACUGAUGCACAGCUCAAACGUCUGGAGGUGGCCUUGUUGGAUGGGCGUUACAGGAAACAUCUGAUUAAGACUGACCUGCAAGAACCCAAUUCUGUGGCUGUAAACCCUCAUUUAGGCAUGCUGUACUGGAUAGACAAUGGCAACACUCCACGUAUCGAAGGUUCCUGGUUGGAUGGUCAAGAGAGAAGGGUUCUGGUGGACAGUGCUUUGGGCUGGCCUACAGGCCUGUCCAUCGACUUCACAAACAGCGACCGGAUCUAUUGGUCAGAUGCAAAGGAGAGUCGCAUUGAGUCCAUACUGCCAGAUGGACAGAGCAGACAAAUAUCAGUUUUCAUAGAUGUAAGAAACCCUUUCAGUGUGAAUGUAUUUGAGGACCAUGUGUAUUGGAGCACGCAGGAGAAGGGUGAAGUGUUCAGACAGAACAAGUUUGGCAAAGGCACCAAAACCAGACUCUUAAUAGCAGGACCUUGGCUUACACAGAUCAAUGUCUAUCAGCAGCAGAAAUACACCUCUAUAGCCUUAAAGAACCCUUGUAAGGGCACAUGCAGUCACCUGUGUCUGCUGAGGCCGGGAGGCUACACCUGUGCCUGCCCAGAGGGCACCAGCUUCUUCCCUGGCAGCAGUAUUGAAUGUGACACAGGGUUUGAGCCUGAACCCACUAUGCCCCCUCCAUGCCAGUGCAGGAAUGGUGGAACCUGUUAUAUUGAUGACAAUAAGGCGCUCUGCAUUUGCCCCCCUGAAUGGAAAGGUGAUUUCUGUGAGACCAGUGUUUAUGGUGUAGUCACAACCUCAGUUGCUAUUGCUCUUGGAGUUACAGCUGCUGUGGCUCUUUUCCUGGUUUGCCUGAUAUAUUCUGCAAAAAAGAAGGAGAAAAUUAUGAACACUCUGCAUAACAUUAAUCUGCCUAUUAGUGUAUCUAACUUCAGUAGGCCCAGCUUCUGGGGUGGUAACUCUGAACGUUUUAACAACCCAUCUGAAUCGGAGAAUGACAGCAGCAACUUUCCCAAAGAGGAAUUCAGCACAUCAGUAGAAGUGGAGGAAAAAGGAAGGAGUUUUGAGAACCCAGCAUACAGUGAGAAUGCACAGGGAUCUCCUGCUGCACCUACUGCUGUAGCCACUACAGUCAUGAAUGGGCCUGCCAAAGAGAGUGUUGAAAACCCGAUGUAUGCUGCUGAGUUGAGCUUUGUGACCCAGCCAAAUGAUGGUGCAACCCCUGUCAAAGCAGAUGCCACACCAGUCAACACUGAGCCUGACAAGGCUGAUACUUCACAGCUACAGAACGAGGUGGAUAUGCAUGAUAUGUUCGACAAUCCCUUAUAUAUGGAUGCACCACAAACACACAGCAAGGGAGAAUCUACAAUCUAAAGAGAAUUUGAGAGCAUCUUACAGGAUCGGGUCUCAAUCACUUCAGCAGCUAAGAUGUAUGGCUGGUAAAUUAUGGCUGCAGUAUACCAUCCAUCUACUCGCAUGUGAUUUAGGUUUCUAUUUACUGGGAGUUGCUACAAAGUUUUGGACAACACACAUGCCAUGAACUGAAUAGUUUUGUUGAUUGUUCUUUUUAUAAUAUUUUUAGGUAAAGAUUUGCACUGAGAUACUAUAUAUGAUUAUAUAUGACAUAUGAUUCAUUUUAAUUGACAUAUUCACUCUUUGAAUUUUUGUGUAUUUUUUAGUAUGUGUAUGAUUAACCACAAUGCUGCUUUCAAAUGCUUCUCAUUUGAUAUCAUAAUAAAAAGUAUAAUAAUGUCUUGAAAAA